AUGAGUUCAAAUUUUUUGUAUAGAAAACUANUCUCUUACAUCCAAACUAUUAAGAUUAAAUAAAAUAACUCGAAAUACAACCUAAGUUACACCUAUCUCAUAUAAUUUUAUAGAUAGAAUUAUUGAACCUUUGAAAAAAAAAACAGAAAUCUAAUCUGAGUAAAAUUCUCCUUCAAGGGUUCGAAAAAUCAUACCAUGUAUUGAGUAUUAAUUGCCUACUUAAUUAAUCUUUUAGGAUAAUCAGAAAUAAGUUAACAAUAUAAUUGAAAGAAAAUUUUGUAUUCAGAAAUCUCGACCUAAAGAAAUUAUUAAUCUAUAGUAGCCUAAAAAUAAGAGUAUAUAAAAUUGCUUAUCUCAUCAUUAAAUUAUUAAUAAAGAAAAAGCAAGUCCAACAUUAAGGAGACUAAAUAAAACAAGUUAUUAAUGUGAAUAAGUGAAAUUUACUAAUUCAAUUUAAAAUGAAAAAAUUGAAAAAUAAAUAUAAUAAAUUAGAAAAGUAAGUGGUUGGACUAUCUAGAGCCAAGAAAGUGUUCAAACAUUAUUAUGA